CAUGCCCGAAAUGGAUAAUAAAAAUAUUCAUAAACAAAUAAACGAUGAAAAUAAUAAAGCAAAUAUUCGUAGUGAUUCAAAUGAUUCAAUAAAAUUAUUGAAUCAUUUGGAUGAUCUAAUGACAAUGUGUGAAGAAAAACUUCAAUCAUUAACAAUUGAAUUGAUUCACAUUAAUGGUAAUAAUUCUUUUAUUUUUUUUUGUUUUUUUAAUAAUAAUUUUGUCAUAUCUGUAUUUUUGUUUACUAUAGCUAUUAUGUUUGAAUUGAACCAACCAUGA